AUGGCUUGCAAUAUUCACACAAAUUGCAAACACAACAAGGCACGGAUAUUUAAACAAAUUUAUUGUAUUGUAAAUAAAAACUCAAGCCCAACGAUGCAAAACUUAGCGGAUGGCGACGAUGGCGGCGGAGGUGGUGAAGGCAAUGGAGGAAGCGGUGGCAGCAACAAGACAAGCGGUGGCGGCAUCAUUGUUUUGAAAGCUGCUCUGGGAGAGAACGAGACGAGAGCGGUAAUCAAUAAAUGGCGGGUUCGCGAGGGACAGUUCGUGUCGGCGGCCCAAAUCCUGUUUCUGUACCAGCCCGUGGGCGAUGACGGAAAGCCGAGAAAGGCUGGCGAGGACUCCUCUAUCCAGAAGUACAAGUCCCAGCGCUCCGGUGUGGUAAAGAAGCGGCUCCGAAAGGACGGGGAGCUGUUGUCGAAGGGGGAUGCCAUUCUGGAGUUGUCCGAGUGCAUACACACCACGGUUAUCAAGGACAUGUGCGCGGACUGUGGAGCUGACUUGCGUCAGAACGAGAAUGGACAAACGUCGGAGGCUUCGGUGCCCAUGGUUCAUACCAUGCCCGAUCUUAAGGUCACCCAAAAGCUGGCGCAGAAGCUCGGCCACGACGACACCCGACGCCUGCUGGCCGACAGGAAACUGGUUCUGCUCGUCGAUCUCGACCAAACUGUAAUCCACACCACCAACGAUACGGUGCCAGACAACAUCAAGGGCAUCUACCAUUUCCAGCUAUACGGCCCACAUUCUCCAUGGUACCACACGCGCCUGCGCCCCGGCACCGCCGAGUUUCUAGAGCGCAUGUCCCAGCUGUACGAGCUGCACAUCUGCACCUUCGGAGCGCGAAACUAUGCGCACAUGAUUGCCCAGCUCCUGGACCCGCAGGGAAAAUUCUUUUCGCACAGAAUUCUGUCCAGAGAUGAGUGCUUCAAUGCCACCAGCAAGACAGAUAACUUGAAAGCCCUAUUUCCGAAUGGCGAUUCCAUGGUGUGUAUCAUCGACGACCGCGAAGAUGUGUGGAACAUGGCCUCCAAUUUGAUUCAAGUUAAGCCUUACCACUUCUUUCAACACACGGGUGACAUUAAUGCGCCGCCGGGCUUGUCUAAACAUGAACUUGAUGGCGAAGGCGUCGACUUUAAAGAAAUAACCGAGAAAAAGGACGACAAGGACAAGCCGCUACCCAGCAGCGAUGUCAAAGCAGAAGACACCGAUAAGGGCGACAAUACUGUCUCAAGCACAAGCAAAGAUGAGGAGGAAUCGGUGGACGUAUUUGAAAUGGGGAACGACGGCAAGGACGCUGCGAUUUCUAAUCCCUCGAGCGCGACAGAGGCACCUAAAGAGCAGAGUGACAAGGUUAAUGGCAAGACUUUAACAGAGGAAAUCGUGAUCAUAGACGACAGUUCAUCUGGUUUACCAGAUGCUGAAAAGGCUGGCAGUGAUGGCGAAGACGUAGUUAUUAUUGAUGAUAGUUCCAAGGAAAGCACAAAAGCCGAUGUGGAAGUCACGUCGGAACAAAAAGACGAUGUAGUUGCUUCAUCUACUACUACACCAGAAGAAAAGAGCCCAACGGCCGAUGAGGAUGUGGCCACCACGUCUAAGAGCACUCCCAGUAUUCGAGUACCUCUUGAGGGCAAAAAGCAGAUAGAGAUUGAGGACCCCGACGAUUACCUGCUUUAUCUGGAAGUCAUACUGCGAAACAUUCACAAGCGAUUCUAUGCCAUCUACGACGAGACCACGGAGAUACCCGAUCUAAAGGUAAUUGUGCCGAAGAUUCGGUGCGAAGUGCUACGCGGCAAGAAUCUGGUUUUCUCUGGCCUGGUACCAACGCAGAUGAAGCUCGAGCAGUCGCGAGCUUACUUCAUCGCCAAGAGUCUGGGCGCCGAUGUCCAGCCUAAUAUUAGCAAGGAGAUCACCCAUUUAGUAGCGGUUAACGCGGGAACCUACAAGGUAAAUGCUGCGAAGAAGGAGGCCGCCAUCAAGGUAGUCAAUGCAAAUUGGUUGUGGACCUGCGCAGAGCGCUGGGAACACGUUGAGGAGAAGCUCUUCCCAUUAGACCGCAAGGUGCGCAACAAAGGCCGCCAGCCACCCGCCCAUUGUCACAGUCCGGAACACGUGGUUAACUACAGCGAGCGAUCGGAGAUCUCAGCAUCGAGCAGCAAGCAACAGGAGGAGCAAAGCGGAAACUUUCGCGAAACGCUUAACCCCCUGCUAGUCUUCACCAACGCGGACAUCGAGUCGAUGAACAAAGACUACGAGACAUUCUUUGAGUCAGACUCGUCUAGCGACGAGGGACCCGUAAACUUUGAAAAUCCACCAAUGGACAAGAAGCUGUUGAAAAGGAAGCGCGAAGAUGAUAAUUCGAAUAGGGCUCAUGACUUCUUUACGCGAAGCGAGGAUGUGAUGAUUGGAGCACCAAACGUAUUGGAAUAUGACAUAAGCUCAAACGAGGAGGCCGAUGACAAUAAUGAGAAAGAGGAUGAUGACGAUGAGAUGCCCAGUGCCAAGUUUCGACGAGGGGAGGAUUUGCCCUCCGACCUGGAGAUUGGCUCCGACUCGAAUAGCGAGAAAGACCCGGAAGACGAGGACGACGGCGAAUGGAACAUGAUGGGUGCCGCCCUAGAAAGAGAGUUCCUCGGCCUGGAAGACUUUGACAUUUAAAAUGUUUGCAAUACGUCCCCGAUUUGGAGGACCUGCUGACCGACAUUUAGUUUCACUGUAGACCUUGGAGGAACAAAAUAGGAUUGGUUUCGUGCUAGAGCGGAGCAUUCCGAUACACUUAUGCUUAGGGUCCGUAUUGUAUGUAUUAGCUGUUAAUAUGUACUUUUAAAGUAGCGUGUAAGAGAUCGCACGUCGGCAGGCGCCUUUGAUCCUUCAAUGGCAGUGAAUUUUUGAAUCAAAAACUCUCAUUCUGAUCUAAUGUAAAUUGAAGACUACUGUAAAUGUUUUAAAAAUAAAUUCCGUUUCAGCGGA